AUGUCCUUUUUUUUCGAGUUGCCCCGGUGGAGUUCCGCCAAGAUCCUGCAGGACAUACCCUUGGCUUCGGAUGAGGGGGAGCGCGGCGAGGUGGCUGCUUGGCUCUACGGCUUCGAGACGGCGGCGCGCCUCUACCACAAGGCCAAGGACUGGCACAUGGAGCAGGGCCGCUCCACUGCCUCGGGGGCCUUUGCCCUGUACGCCCACCACGAGAGGUUGCAGAUGGAGAAGAUGGCGGCGGCAGCGGGCAGGGCCUGCAACGACCACCAGCACGACGGCAUCGGGGCCCUCCGCUCCGCGAGCGAGGCCGUGAAGCGAGCCGUGGAUGUCGAGGUGGUCAUGCACGAGCUGGAGGACCCGUGGGCAUACGCGGCGGCGAAGUACCCCAACUUGGAUUGGAGACUCAAGUCGAUGAUGGAGUUCUCCGGGUACCACCAACUGCUCCAGCGCUGCAGGCAGCACGUCAUACUUGGACGGGCGAGGGCAAACACCGUGGACUUUGCGAAGCUGGCGGCGGCGCAGCUGGUCCCGGUCGUACACGUUCCGGGGGAGGGGGGUGAGAAGAGGACCACCUACGAAAGCUUCGAGAAGGGAGGCUUCUGGCUGGUGCGAAACCGGGACGACUUGGGCCAGACCGUGGAAGACCUGAUGAACAAGAUGUGUUGCCCGGUCUUCGAGACAGUCGAUGAGAACUACGUGCCGCCGCCGCCCCUCAACGAUAAUGCCUUCUUCACCGGUCUGUCCUCGUCCGUUCUGGGGCGUCUGGCAGGCCCGCAGAUGGCGGACCUCGACGGCGACGAGGCACAAAAUCCUCUUUUGCGACGGCAUGCUCUACGAUUUCAAGGAGCGCGACCUCAGAGAUGUGGCAAGGCGACCAAGCUCUUCGAGCACAUCCUGGCUUUCUUGAAGGAGCAUCUGGAGACGGGGGUGUGUCUGCUCGAGGCCAGCAAGAAUGGCAAACAGGUCAUCGAGUGCUUCGAGGAAUUGGAGCAGGACGGGUGCGAGAUCCUCCGCCACAUGAAGGUGUACGGGGACUGGGACUCCGUCCUUUACGAGCUGCGUCUCAUGACCAGGGCCAUCUCCGCGACGCCGCGGUUCUGCGAGAUGUACUGCAUCUGGGGAAGCCAGGAUUCCGGGAAGGACACCAAGGUGAAGAUGUUGCACGCCUUCUUCGGUCACGGCCAGGACAACUACGGGGUGCAGCUUCCGGGAAACUAUGUGGUGCAACAGACUCGCUACCUGACCGCGAAGGACGGACCCGCGCCUUACCAUGCAAGGACUCUAGGCAAGCGGCUGGCCUGGGCCAGUGAAGUCCCCGAGCACUACUCGUUGGCGGAUGACUUCAUCAAGCCCUUUUGUGACAUGGAAGGCCAGUCUGCAGCAGGAAGCUCAACAAGGACAACGGUCAGCUUCACCUUGAAGCCGUCCAUGGCCACCGAGGAGCGAGCCGUGGAUGGCCUCAAGACCCGGAUAAACCAAGGAGAGUUCAACAAGUACAUCUUCUUCCUUGCGGCAAAUCUCGUGGACUCGUUGGAGAUGGAGUACAACCCAGGCACCGAGAUCAAGCCGCAGCCACCGGAGAUGAAGAUGAGCGCCAUGGACCUGGUCCCAUGUGCAGACAAGGACAAGGAGGCCAAACCCGAGGCCUUCAUGACAGAGAUGUGUGAGCUGGAUUGUCCUUUGAUCCCCAACUUCGAGAUCACGCUCUUUGCCGCGCCCAAGGUGUCCAGGGUGAGGUAG